AAUAAAUUUGUUGUAUAUAGCGCGGCCGUUCCUUGCGUGCUGGUAUCGUCGCAAAAUGCACACUAAGGGACGUUACGAGGAUGCAAUACGCUGUUUAAACUCGCUGCAGACAAAUGCCGAAACGCUGGCUAGAAUACGCAAGGAAGGCGGUCGUGACGUUCAGCGUAACAUUCCAGACAUGAUCACGUUUGCACAGAGAGCUGGCAUCACGCUGGAUGCCUUAGACAAGCUUAAUGUUAUUCACGUGAGUGGAACGAAAGGCAAGGGAUCAACGUGUGCAUUUACAGAGAGCAUCCUUCGACAGUAUGGCUAUAAAACAGGACUGUUCACGUCGCCCCACCUAGUGGAAACCAGAGAAAGGAUCCGAAUCAAUGGAUUGCCGAUCGAGAAGAAACUGUUUGCGAGUUACUUCUUUGAGGUCUAUAAUCGGCUGAUCAACACAAAGAACCAGCAUGAUCCGGAGGUUGGGAUGCCCGCUUAUUUCCGAUUCCUGACGUUGAUGUCUCUCUACGUAUUCGUCGAACAAAAGGUGGACGUCGCCAUCUUGGAAUGCGGCAUCGGCGGAACGUACGACUGCACGAACAUUGUCAGGAAGCCGGUCGUGUGCGGCGUGUCAUCGCUGGGCAUCGAUCACGUGUCGUUGCUCGGUGACACCGUGGAGAAGAUCGCGUGGCACAAGGCCGGAAUCUUCAAGGACGACGUUGCCGCGGUAACGGUGCCGCAGCCCGCGGGGCCGAUGCAGGUGCUGAGCGAGCGCGCGCGGGAGCUAGGAGCCAGACUGACGCUAGCACCCGACAUCCACACGUACGACAGGGAGAGGGCGCCACCGCAGCUCGGUCUCGCCGGCGACAUGCAGCUGUGGAACGCAUCCCUCGCUCUGCAGCUGUGCAAGGUCUGGCUGGAGGCGAGGCAUCAGGGUUGUGGAGAUAGACGGGGCGUUGGUGGUCAGAGGCAGAAUCAGGUGAACGGAACACGUGACAAGGUGCAGACAGCUCCAACGUUUCCCAUCACGACCGAGUUUUCUGAAGGGUUGAAGAACUGCUUCUGGCCGGGACGUGCCCAGACGUUAAGGAGAAGCAGGGUGACCUACUUCCUGGAUGGCGCUCACACUGCCAGCAGCAUGGAGACGUGUGCACGAUGGUUCAAGGCUGCAGCUAAAGAAGAGGCGUCGCGUCACAAGGGUUCGGUUUGCAACGUGCUCAUGUUUAACUCUGGUGGAGACCGUCUGCCUUCCUCGCUGCUAGCUCCCAUAGCCCACUGCCACUUUGACUGUGUUAUCUUCUGUCCAAAUCGAGUGAACUUGGCGAUGGAUCCAAGCUCUGAUCAGAGCAACUUCACCGUUUCGGCCGACUCUGUCAUGUCGCGCUGCCACGAACACAAGAACGUCUACCUCAAGCUCAUCGCCCGCCGCGACCUCGCGGCGCUACGACCCGACCCGCCGCCUCCCGGCGCCGACGGCGGCGCCCCCUGCUCCCCGGAGCAGUCGGAGGACGGCGUUACCACGGCGAUCUUCCCGUGCAUCGCGCACGCGCUGCGGUGGGUGGUCGGCGAGCGCGACGCCCACAUACUGGUGUAA